UCGCAAGAUUGGCGGCGAAUGGUUUGGUUAUGAUGACGGUUACGGGCUAGCGUCUCUAGAGUGGCUUUAGAUGUCCCAGGUUUGCCAGUUAGUGAUGAGCCGCCAAAGUGAACACAAUGAAGAUGGAGGAGGCCAGCAAUCUCAUUAGUCCAAGCGUGAACCCGACUAGUCCUAAUUAUUCCCUAAUCACGGAUAUUCCGACGUCGGUGUCGGACGUGCGUGCAGUUAAAUACGGACCCGAAGGUGUCGCUAAUGGUGCGAUCGCGCAUUCCGUAUCCGCUGCGUUUUUUAUUGUGCUGUUGUUUUAUGUGAUUGGAGUAUUUGGAAAUUUUCUGGCGUUGAUUAUCUUGGCGAGGAAGAAGAAUACUAAAAAUAGCAAAUACACACUCAUGCUAAGAUGCUUGGCUUCAAAUAAUUUAAUCGCUUUGUUGGGCAUGCUAACGCAAAUGAUAGCAGAAGUCUCUCUUCCUGGACAUGUCCUUGUGAAAUGUUAUAGAAUUUUUUGCAUAGGACGCGUAAUUUGCAGAUAUUUUGGAUUGAGUUCAGGUUGCAUAGCUGCUGUAAUGGCCGCCGAACGGUGGAUGGCUCUUGCAAGACCAUUUACAUAUCAUAAGCAUAUUACAUAUUCCGUAAUAAAAAAGACAAUUGCUUAUUUAGUAAAUAUUGCUGCUGUUGUUACAUUCCUCCCAUUAGUGGGAUUUGGACUAUAUCAUGAUCCUGAGAAAAGGAAAUGCGUUCGCUAUAGAUCUGCAACGGAACCUGCUGACAUUGCUUAUGCUUACUUCUUCAUGGCAUUUGGAACAUUUCUUUGCAUUUUAAUUGUUGUGUGCAAUUUGUUUGUGACGCAAGUCCUGUGCAUAAUUGGACGAAAUAAAACUCGGCGAUCAAUUCAAUACGAUUUCGUCAACCGAGAUAAAGGAAGUGCAACGUUGGUGCACCAAACCAGUUUUCCGAAUACAUCUUCUGACGAGAUACGAUUCGCAAAGCUGAUGACGUUCUUAAGCAUUUCAUUCGUGGUUUGUUGGAUGCCUCAAAUGAUUUCAAUACCACUUACUCUAAAACCAAACCCUCUUCGUGCGAAUCAUCCCUUCUUCAAAAUCGCAGACAUGUUGAUGGCUCUCCAUUUCACCUCAGACCCUUAUGUUUACGUGUUGUCUCGAACGAAGCAGUCAGGCAUAUUCGAUUGCUUCAAGAAAUGCCGAAGACGAGGUAUGCAUCGAUCACAAAGUGUCCAGAGUAGCAAAUUACGUCCUACAUUGGAUCAAACCGUUGAAUAUGGCUUCAAUACUUAAUUUGUGGCAAUUGUUUAAUUUCUUAAACGACACAUAAUUUGUUGAUAAUCCAAAACGUCAGUAUCAAUUUUAUAACAAAAUAUUUAUCUACAAAAAACUAAGAUUGCAACAAGUGACUAAGUUUUACGCUGCAGGUUCUCAAAGGAAUGUAAAUAGGUUUAUGAGUAUUCAUACUCAGAUUUAUGAGCAAAGCAGGAAUAGGCUGACGCAUCCCUUUUCGGAUGUAUUUGUGAUAGACGAGGCAGUGCAGCAUUUUUGAGAAUAAAUCCUAUCUUUGUCGCUCAAAUGUUGCAGUCUUAGUUUCCAUAAAAACCCACUCACCGUAAAGUAGCUGCAAGGAAAUUUGCUCUCUAUGCUGUAAGGAUUUAGGACCAAGUAGAUGAUGUAUAUUGUAAAAUAUGUAUUAAUACCCGUUAAUGUACUACUUUAGUUAAGGCUAUGCGUUUUUCACCCCCUGAUUGGUUUGUUACCAUUAUUUAACUAGAGAUAGAUCUAUUCGUGAAGGCUAUUAAUAAACAAUACUAAAAAUAAGAA